UUCUGGCUUCUGCAACUCUUUUCUGAUAUAUUGUCUGCGCUUUGUUUCUUUCUUUCUCUGUCAGUCUGUCUCCCUUUCUCGUUGUUUUCCUGUCGUUUGUUUUUCAGCAGGAAUUGAUCGAAGAGAUGGUUCGAAGCGGUUCGUAUUGCAGAGAAGUUCCAACGUCGUAUUUCAUGGAUCAUCAACAACAUCUGAAGAUGCCCUGCGCAAGUCCAGAUCCGUCCGAUAAGGACGUUGAGCCGUUUGUGGAGGUGGAUCCGACGGGACGUUACGGCCGGUACAGCGAUCUGCUCGGUGCAGGCGCGGUGAAGAAAGUUUACCGCGGGUUCGAUCAGGAGGAGGGGAUAGAGGUUGCGUGGAACCAAGUCCGGCUGAGGAACUUCAUCGAGGACGAGUCUGUCAUCAAUCGUCUCUUCUCCGAGGUUAGGUUGCUUCGGACGUUGAAGAACAAAAGCAUCAUUAUGUUGUAUAAUGUGUGGAUGGACGAGGAACAAAGCACGUUGAAUUUUAUAACUGAGGUGUGCACAUCGGGGAAUCUGAGGGAGUAUCGUAAGAAGCAUCGCCAUGUCUCGAUCAAGGCCUUGAAGAAAUGGUCGAAACAAAUACUCAAAGGCUUGGAAUAUCUCCACACUCAUGACCCCUGCAUCAUUCACAGAGAUCUCAAUUGCAGCAACGUCUUCAUCAACGGGAACAUCGGGCAGGUGAAGAUAGGGGAUCUGGGGUUGGCGACGAUAGUGGGAAGGAGCCACGCAGCGCACUCGGUGUUGGGGACGCCGGAGUUCAUGGCGCCGGAGCUGUACGAAGAGGAGUACACGGAGUUGGUGGACAUAUACUCGUUCGGGAUGUGCGUGCUGGAGAUGAUGACGCUGGAGAUACCAUAUUCGGAGUGUGACAGUAUCGUGAAGAUAUACAAGAAGGUGACGACCGGGGUAAGACCUCAGGCCUUGAACAAGGUGAAGGACCCUGAGGUCAGGGCGUUCAUCGACAAGUGCCUCGCAGGGCCCAGGGAGAGACCGUCCGCCUCGGAUCUCCUUAAUGACCCCUUCUUUUACGGUAUUGAUGAUGACGAAAACGACAACAGUAACAGCAACAACUCUUCUCCUAGCUGAUGGUGAAUUGGUGAUGGGCUACCAUUCAUCAUCGUUAUCAACCGUUUGACGGGAAGACGAUGUUGAAAAGAAAUUUGGUAAUAGUUUGAUUCGAUCAUUGAGCUUGUGUAGGUACUUUCUAUUAUGUUGAUUUUUAGUUCAGAUUUAGAGAAAAAUAGCUAAAAAGUAGGUAUUAGAGCCGGGUUGUCUUCUACCAGAUUUUUUUUCUACACUUGGGUUCUUUUCAUCAAUCAACUUUUGUUGCUGAGAGGCGGGCGAGUUAGAAAUUCUCGUGGGUUGGCUUUAAUGUAAAGCGAGGAAUUGUGGAUUCUGGCUUCUGGUUGUGACCUUGUGGGGGUAGUUGUUCUUCUUACAUUUUUUGUACAGAUUGCACUCGUAUAUAAUAAUAGAUUGUUUUCUUUUCCUUUUUAUUA